AUGCAAUCUAACGAAGAAAUCCUGAAGUUCUUGGGAGAAGGUGCGUACGGUUUCGUUAAUCUCGUCAAAUACACUAAACGCGACGGCUCCUCGUUUCACGCCGCCGUGAAAAACUCUUACGCCGAGGACUUCGAAAAUCUUCAAAAAGAAUUUCAGAUACUUUGCGAACUCAGAGGAUAUCCAAGAAUCGUUGAAUGCUUUGGAGACAAUUUAGAAGAAGGUUUCAGCUCAUACGGAAACAAAGUCCACAAAUUGCUUCUCGAGUACGCAUCCGAAGGUAGUUUAAGUUCUUUCAUGGAAAAUUACUCCGACAGAAAACUGCCCGAACCAAUGAUUAAAGACUUUACGCGUAUGAUUGUCGAAGGUUUGGUCUGUAUUCACGGACACGGUUACGUUCAUUGCGAUCUCAAACCCGACAACCUCCUUGUGUUCCUGUGUAAAGGUUCUUCUUCAUAUGAACUAAAAAUUUCUGAUUUUGGAAACUCGUUGGAAGUCGGAGAGAUCCCUCAUUAUUGGGGAUUCGAUUUCCCGUUUGUGGGAACGCCGAUUUACAUGCCGCCGGAGUCUCUCGUUGACGGUGUCACGACUAAAACCCUAGAUCUUUGGUCGUUAGGAUGCUUAGUGUUGGAGAUGUACACUGGUGAGAUUCCAUGGCUUGGUCUCGAUAUCAAUGAUCUCGCGCUUCGUCUCCUUGAUGAUAAAGCUCCAGAGAUUCCAGAGUGUGUGCCUUGCGAUGCAAGGGAGUUUAUUGAAAAGUGUUUCUCGAAGAAACCUGAGGAGAGAGGAAGUGCAUAUGAGUUGUUGUCUCAUCGGUUUUUGUGUGGAGAAGAAGAGGAGAAGGCUGAGAAGAUAAUCGCCGUUGAAGAGAGGAGAAACUCGUUUCUAUUGAAGUUGAAACUCAAGUUGAGAAUCAGACCACGAGCUUUCAAGGAUGUUUCAGAGAAGAAGCCUCUGAAAUUUAAGAUUUUCCCAUCAAAGGCUCCACAGUUUAAGAAAGUAUUGAGUAAAAUUUUGAGGUUGAAGACUAUUAUGCCUGUCAAGACUUUGGAUUGUAACCAAGUUUGUGUUCAGUAG